CGUCAUGAACUUUUAUCAUGCCUUCAUGAUCUGGACGUUUACAUUUACAUGUGAAGGGGUGAAGACAGUUCAUCCUGAGUGUUGGAUAGUGUUGCAUCUGCAAGAGAAAGAAGCUGAAUGUCUGGUCAAAAUGGGUUUAACUCAGUCUUUGUUAAACAUUAAUGGUACCAAUGCAGGUUGUCUGGUUGAGUGGGAUGGUGUGAACUGCUGGCCUGCUGUCAGUGUAGGAGAAAGAGUCUCAGUGUCUUGCCCUCCUCUUCUGAAAUCUCACGAGCUGAUCAGCCGCACAUGCACUAGUAAGGGAUGGAGUAACAUGAGUGUGCCUUAUUACACCGCCUGCUUUCAGGACAACAGCACAGAAGAGGAAGAGAUUGGACACAUUAGUGAAUAUUUUGCGAGGGUGAAGCUGAUCUACACAGUUGGAUAUGGCAUGUCCCUCAGCUCCCUCUGUAUUGCAGUCUUCAUCUUCUGUAUCUUUAGGAAGCUUCUGUGCACACGGAUCUACAUCCACCUCAACCUCUUCUCCACAUUCAUCCUGAGGGCUUUGGCAGUAUUUGUGAAAGAUGCUGUUUUAUUCGCUGAUGAGACUGUCAAUCACUGCACAGUCUCCACGGUUUUGUGCAAGGCAUCGGUGACUUUCUUCCAAUACUGCGUGUUAUCAAACUUCUACUGGCUGCUUGUUGAGGGACUUUACCUUCAGACACUGCUUACGUUCACCUUCGCCCACAAAAGAACAUUUUUCUGGUGCUAUACACUUGUUGGCUGGGGGACUCCAUCUGUCACAGUAACAAUCUGGACGUUCCUCAAAUAUUCAUAUGACGAUUAUGGGUGCUGGGAUGACCUGGACAGUGGCUUCUGGUGGAUCAUCAAAAUUCCCAUUUUGAUUUCUGUAUUGGUGAACUUUCUGAUGUUCAUUAAUAUAAGCAGGAUUAUAAUUGUAAAAACAAAAACCCCUGACUCAAAUGGAGGAGACAAACGAUUUUACAGACGACUGGCCAAAUCAACUCUUCUGCUAAUCCCUCUUUUCGGAGUGCACUACAUUGUAUUUGCUUUGUUUCCUGAACAUGUUGGCCUAGAGGCGAGACUCUUCUUUGAACUUGUACUGGGCUCCUUCCAGGGUUUCAUUGUGGCGUUGUUAUACUGCUUCUUGAACAGUGAGGUCCAAAAUGAAAUACGGAAAGAGAUAGAGAAAUACAAGUCCCGAACCGACAUCAACACUUUCCACAUGGCAACUCAAGACUUUAUUGCAUAA